UCAUCCCAAAGAGCAAUUUGCAACUCAAGCAACGAGAGAGAGAAGAGAAAGAGCUCUUGCUAAGAACAAGUUUCUCAUCUCACAAUGGCUCGCUCUCUCUCUACCGCUAAGAUCUUCUCCGUCUUCGUCGCCGAAGAGUUCUCCAACGCCAUCUCCAGACGAGGGUUCGCCGUUGCAGCGGACACGGCGUUGCAUGGGAGCGUUACGAGCGGUGGAACAACCGCUUCUGCCUCGGUGAUGAAGAAGAAUGUUGGGGAAGAGUCUAUCGAGAAGGCGCCGUGGAUUCCAGACCCUAAAACCGGUUACUACAGACCCGCAACUGUUUCUGAAGAGAUUGAUCCGGCGGAGCUACGAGCUGUUCUCUUGAACAACAAGCAAUAAUUACUUUUCAACAAAAAAAAACUCUUCUUAAUGUUAAGGUUCUUUAACCCUAUGUUUUAUGGGUAGAGAAGUAAAGAAAACGGGUCAUGAUCCUUUGUGGUGAACCCAAUCUUAUUCUGUUGCGAGUUUUGUAGUGAUCGUUUGAUCCAAUCUUAAUAAAUUAUCAUUGCGUUCCAUAUAUGAAGUUUUUCU